CCGUUGCGGCUUCACGGCGAACCGGGAAUGCGUUUAGAAGACCCGGAGACGGAGAGUUGCAGUUGUAGUUUAAAAACCCCGUGACGUCAGUUAGCUGCACAUGGGUUCGCUGCUAGCUCGGUUAGCUCGUUCAUUCAACACCAGCGGGACGUUAAAGGAGAGCCGGGGCCGCGAACUUCAAGAUAAUAUCCUCAUAUAAUGUCUUGACGUUGACUGAAUGACCUGUAGAAUAAACUGUGGGUUUGAGAGUGAAACAUAUUGGACGUGUUGUGCCGUCUAUACACGUAUUACAUUGAGAUAUACGUCCUGUUCAGAAUCAGAAUCAGAAUCAGAAACAGUUUUAUUGCCAGGAAUGUUUACACAAACGAGGAAUUUUUUUUGGCGGUAGGUGCAACAUUUGGACGUCUACGUUGCCUUUUCGGUGGCUAACUCACUGGGAUGUGGAUCAGAACCGACAGCCUACAGGCUGGAUCAGAACCUUUUGGACCUGGUCCUGGUCUUCGGGUGAAUUCGGCUUACAGGAAAUAAAAGACUCUGCAUCAUGGCCGAUCAGCUGAGUCCAGAUGAGAAGUUCCAGCUCAUAACGAGGAACCUCCAGGAGGUGCUCGGGGAGGAGAAGCUGAAGCAGGUCCUCCAGGAGAGGGAGCUGAAGGUGUACUGGGGCACGGCGACCACCGGGAGGCCCCACAUCGCCUACUUCGUCCCCAUGUCCAAGAUCGCCGACUUCCUGAAGGCCGGAUGUGAGGUCACCAUCCUCUUUGCCGACCUUCACGCCUUCCUGGACAACAUGAAGGCCCCCUGGGAGCUGCUGGCGCUCCGGGUUCAGUUCUACGAGCAGGUGAUCAAGGCCAUGCUGGAGAGCAUCGGCGUUCCCCUGGAGAAGCUCAAGUUCGUCAAGGGGACCGACUUCCAGCUCAGCAGGGAGUACACUCUGGACAUGUACCGCCUCUCCUCCAUGGUGACGGAGCACGACGCGAAGAAGGCCGGAGCCGAGGUGGUGAAACAGGUGGAGCAUCCCAUGCUGAGCGGCCUGCUCUACCCGGGCCUGCAGGCUCUGGACGAGGAGUACCUGAAGGUGGACGCCCAGUUCGGAGGAGUCGACCAAAGGAAGAUUUUCACUCUGGCGGAGAAGUACUUGCCGUCUCUCGGCUACGCCAAGCGCUCCCACCUCAUGAACCCGAUGGUUCCCGGGCUGACGGGGGCCAAGAUGAGCUCCUCGGAGGAAGACUCAAAGAUCGAUCUGGUGGACUCCGCUGCGGAGGUGAAGAAGAAGCUGAAGAAGGCUUUCUGUGAGCCGGGCAACAUCCAGAACAACGGAGUCCUCUCCUUCGUCAAGUCGGUGGCGUUCCCUCUCGACGGAGAGUUCUGCAUCAAAAGAGACGCCAAGAUGGGCGGAGACAAAAUCUACACGGCGUUUGAGGAGCUGGAGAAGGACUUUGCCGAGGAGGCGGUCCACCCCGGGGACCUGAAGGCCUCCGUGGAGGUGGCGCUGAACAAACUGCUGCAGCCAAUCAGGAAGAAGUUCGAGUCGCCGGAGCUCCGCAAGCUCAGCAACGCCGCCUACCCCUCAACGACCAAAGGAGGAAAGGGUGCCAAAGCAGCAGCAGGAGGAGGAGGAGGAGGAGGAGAGGAAGACGAGCUGGCCCCCUCCAGAGUGGACAUCAGGGUGGGCAGGAUCAUCAGUGUGGGGAAGCAUCCGGACGCCGACUCUCUGUACCUGGAGAAGAUCGACGUGGGCGAGCCGGAGCCGAGGACGGUGGUCAGCGGGCUGGUGGCGUUCGUUUCCCAGGAGGCCUUGCAGGACCGGCUGGUGCUGGUGCUGUGCAACCUGAAGCCCCAGAAGAUGCGAGGCAUCGAGUCUCAGGCCAUGCUGCUGUGCGCCUCCGCUGAAGGGGAGCCCAGGAGGGUGGAGCCUCUGGACCCCCCAGAGGGGUCGUCUCCGGGGGAGCGCGUCUUCGUGGAGGGGUACGAGACGGGCAAGCCGGACGACAGGCUCAACCCCAAGAAGAAGGUGUGGGAGAAAGUCCAGGCCGACCUGAAGAUCUCCUCCGGCUGCGUGGCUCAGUGGAAAGACCGGCAGCUGAUGACGAAGCUCGGCCCGAUCACGUGUCAGAGCCUCAGAGGAGGAACCGUCAGCUAGACGCGGCGCCGCCCGCCGCCUGGAGCGCUCUGGUCCAAGAAACGGCCUCGCGCCACCUGGAGGUGUUUCCUGGAGGACUUUGGGGACAUUGACGCCAGACGUCUCGGACGCUUUUGGACAAAUUCUGCCGUCUUAAAUUUUAUUCUUGAGUAUGUACGACGCUAAGAUUCAUUACUGUUUCUUUAAAAAAAUCCUGGUUUCCAUUUGGUGUGCACACACUUAAAUAUACGAAUACAAUACUAGAUGUCCUGUCACUCUGGAUAAUGAAGGGUUGGGGUUACUCCAUCACACGUCCCGCUACUGGAUGCUCAAUCCUGGAAGGAGCUGAUGAGGAACCUCGGGUGUUUGAAAAGGGACUUAAUGUUACGUUGCUUUAUACGGGUUAAAAUGGCAAAUCCACAAAACCUGAUGAAUAAAAACAUGUUUUAUGGGUUUCAGGCUGCAGAUGCAUAUAUUUAGAUGAUCAAUAUGCCAAAGGACGGCUGCUUUGAGAGGGGAACUGUAUGGAAAGCAAUAUCUGGUACAUUAAAUGAUGAAUCAGCUUUA